GGCGAUUAAUCAAGACCUGUCCGACAAUGCCCCAGCAGUUGUCGUGGGAACUUUCGUCCCCGGACCAUUAUGCACGAGUCUCGACAGCAGCGGAAAGCAAAGCCCCAAGACCGGAGACGUCCAUCUCCUCUUCCAGCUGCAGCCGGAGUUCCGACUUCUCCGAUGGGAGAAGCCACACACACUGCUCAAGACCUUGAUCAAAACCAACUACGAGCUGGCCUCGCUCAAGAGCGAAGGAGCAGAGGGUGCAAUCACGGAGAGCGCUAUGCAGGCCUAUAUCAUCGGCGACCUCAAGAAGGCGCGAAUGCGCAUCAAUCCUGCAACUAAGACAGUCUCCAUGCACGGCUCAAUUGCGUUGGGAACCUCAGACAGAAAGGGACAUAGAGAUGUCACACUCUGUGGGUCAAGAACUGUAACGGAACGUGUUGGAUCGACUUGUUCUCGGUCGUCUAAGGGACGCGGAGUUCGACUGGCAGAGGGCAGCUUGGGAAAGAGGAUGCCACCGGGAUCUGAGGGCCCCUCCACUCGCCCCCGCGGUCCAGAAAUCCAGGCUUGGAGCCCACCACUCCAGUCGGAACCCCCGAAGCGCCGUCCACAAUGUGUUGUCCCCUCCCCACCAGGAUAUUUUCUCUCAGAUCCGGGAAUGGGGACACAGACAACGAGCAUCUCGUAUCCACGGUCGCUCUUCCUUACUUCACCGGGUGUUAUCGGUCCAACCAAAGGGAGGAUCUAAUCACGCACUUGGAUCGAGAGACAGCAUGAGCGAGGUUGUGGCCGGUCUCGAAAGGACGGAUUCGAGACAAUGUGAUACAUCAUACAUAUGGACCGAAUUAUACUGAGUUCGUCGAGGCGUGCAUUAGUGC